GCAUAUGGGGACAGCAGGGGUUAAAUCGCUUUGGUCGUGUUCUCGCGAGACCUUAAGAAACCUCCCACUCAACUGUGUCAGCCUGGCCUCCUUACAAUGCGCACGCGCAAACUCAUUUUCUCGUUUGUCCCUAGCCGCGGCUCGAUAAAGUUUGUGUUGGUGUUGUGGAGAUGUUUUUGGCUGCUUUUAAAUAAUCAGUCUGAAAGCACCGCCCGUUUAUUUCACUUCCGGGUCAGGAGGGGCGGGGCUGUGUUACUGCCGCCGCCUGUGCUGCUGGACCUGCAAGAGAAGCGGGAGCCCACCGGGGAUGGUUCUGGCGGCGGCAGCAGUGGCGGCGGCGGUGGCGGCGACUUUGGCUUCUUCUGGUGGCUUGACGGUGUCUCCAGAUUGAAGAUAGCAGUAAUGCUUACAUUGGCGAGCAAACUAAAACGGGAUGAUGGUGUCAAGGGGCCCCGUUCAUCCAACCCAGCUUCUGAUUCUACUCGAAGAGUGUCUGUUAGAGAUAAAUUGCUUGUUAAAGAAGUUGCAGAACUUGAAGUAAAUCUACCAUGUACAUGUGAAGUGAACUUUCCUGACCCAAAUAAACUCCAUUAUUUUCUCCUAACUGUAAACCCAGAUGAAGGUUAUUAUCAAAGUGGAACCUUUCAGUUUGAAAUUGAAGUUCCUGAUGCCUAUAAUAUGGUGCCUCCAAAAGUAAAAUGUUUGACUAGAAUCUGGCAUCCCAACAUCACGGAGACAGGGGAAAUCUGUUUGAGUUUAUUGAGAGAACAUUCAAUUGAUGGCACUGGCUGGGCUCCAACUAGAACAUUAAAGGAUGUUGUUUGGGGAUUAAACUCUUUAUUUACUGAUCUCUUGAAUUUUGACGAUCCUUUGAAUAUUGAAGCUGCAGAACAUCAUUUACGUGACAAGGAGGACUUCCGAACUAAAGUUGAAGAUUACAUUAAACGCUAUGCAAGAUGAUGAAGGGAGAUGUCAGGACCAUGGAUUGCAUAUGCAAUGUUGACUUGACAAUUUGGUAAAACAACAAAAAACCUGGAAUGUACUUGUCCUGUGUCCAUGUUGUUCUGAAGAAGAAAGCAAGCUUCAUAAUAGUCCAUGUGAAACAGAGAGUUUGCCAUCAGUACAACAAGAAAACUGUGUACGUUGGUUGGGGGGGAGUUGUUUGCUUAAUUCUUAACAAUGUUUUCUUUUCUGAAAUUGUACUGUAUAUCAGAAUUGAGAUAUGCUUGAGACAUAAAAGAAUUACUAUUAAGAUUAUUUACACUUUUUACAGCAAGACUAGUAAAAAUUAAUGGUAUGUUUACUGGAACACUUAAAAAUUGGCAAUAAAAUUGGUCUCCAAAAGACACUUAAGACACAGCAAUGUUUGCCUUUGCUGGAACUGAAAAAAGAAACAUGUCCUGCACUGAGCAAAGGAAACCACAUAAAGGCAGUUUAUACCUACUGUUGAAGUUCUUAUAUUUAAUUUAAAGAAAUUUUAAUUGCUGCUUUCUCUUCCUGUUUCACCUACAGUGUUUUUGGUUUGCAUUUAUUGUGCAAUGCACUUACUGAAACCAAGGCUGAUUCUAUAGCCUACUUAUAAAUGCAGUAUAUUACUUUUAAAAACCCAACAUCUUACAUGGAGGUGCAAUGAAAGGGAAAGUUUUUUUUAAAAAAAUAUCUUUUUAACUUUUAGAUUUUGCUGUGGAGAGUUGAUAUUUCAGACUGUUACUUUAUUACAUAACAUGAAGUUCAAAAUAAUAACUUGGGAGAACUUACCCAAACCUCUAGCACCUAAUCCAUGAGAGCAACUUAAUGCAUGUUGCAAUCUCAUAACACCCUUCGAAGCCAGCGCUUUUGGGAUAAAGAUACGGUUUGUGAAGAGUGAUUCUGAAGCCUCCUUAGCUAGCUAGCUCUAUAUCAAAGAAUGUAUAUAUCAGACUGCAGCAUCCCUUCUGGGCGGGAGUGUGCAUCCACCUCAGGAACUAGUUCAAAGCAAACGCCAUGCACAAUGUGUGUUUUAUUAUUUACCCUACUUCCUGAUAUAUGUUGAUCACAACUGAUGCCCAAUAUUGAUACUGUCACUGGCCUGGGCCUCAAUAGAAAAAGAGUGCCAUAGUCAUCAAACAAUUUUAUUUAGGGUUCAUAACAGCAAAACUGAAAUUUGUUUUGGGUUACUACCAAAGCCAGAAAAGAAUAAAUGUUUGCGUAGUUACCAUAUUUGUGCAUAACAUUUGCUGCCUCGACAAUUACCUCUGCCAUAUGAAAUAAUCCAUUUAAUUCAUCAGGCACUUGUGAUUUGCAGUUAGUGUAACAUUUUCAACUUUGAUAAUGAAAGCACUGAAAUUGCACCGUGGUAUUGAUGGAGUUCAUCAGUAUAUAACCAAUUGGCUCUGUAACAGGUGCAAUCUGGCCAAAGUUGUAGGUCCCACUGAUUUGAAUGGGAAAGGUUUAAACAUAUUAUUAACUUUGCUAUUGCAGGCAGUCAUACUUAAAAGUGCUUAACUUUUGGCUGGAUUGUACCUAGCAUGUCACAAAGGUUUGUUGCAAAACAUAUAAUGUUCCUUAAACUUGCAAGAUACUGAAAACACAGAUGACCUCCAGAUACUGAUUUGGUUUGCAGAGUUGAGCCUCUGAGAAAUUAUUAUUCACAAAUGUUCCUCUAAGCAUAUUACAUACUUUUAUUGCAAAGUAUGAAGGAUAUUCACCUCUGUAAUCAGUUACAUGAACAUAGCUGGAAGGACCAUUUCCCCUAUUAAAAAUGUAUAACAUGGAAAUACAUUUCUUUUGUUCGAAUUAAAGUUGUUCAUAGUUUUGC